GCCUGACCAGAGGGAGCAUCACCGUGAGUGGAGGUGACCAUGUCUGGCUUCAUCAGAGUGGCCGUACUGGUGGCAGUAUUGAUGGCUGUGCUCUUGCAGCUGGAUGGUGUGAAUGGAAAUUCAAAGGCGUGUAGUGGGUGUCGGAGGGGUUUUCCCGGUCCCCCGGGCAUGCGUGGCCCCCCAGGCCCACCUGGGCGUCCGGGGCCUCGAGGUCCACCUGGCUUACCUGGCCGCAACGGGCUGCCGGGCCCCCCUGGGAGACUCGGCGUCCCUGGCCCCAAGGGCCCACCUGGACUAAGAGGACCGCCUGGGCUACCUGGCAAAGAUGGACCCCCUGGGCCUGCGGGGCCUCCAGGAGUCUCGGAAUUCGCUCAUCCUUGACCACUGGAGUCAUGUUAAAGCCAUUAUGAUGUCCAUCGCAGUCGCAAAGUUCAAGCCAAGAUUCAAUCUACUGCUUGAUGUAUAUGAAUGGAUGAUGUACUGCAUUAUCUACAUAGUUGCUUUCACAAUUUGUAAAACAAUAUUAAAAUGAUUAAACACAAUA